UUCUGUUAUUAAAGUUGAUUUCGGUUUCUUCAUUUGAAGUGAAUUAAUAAUAUUUCAUUAUUAGCUGAGAUGCGGCGAAGCUUAGGUUAUGUUGAUUAUUAGGCUGUAGUAGAAAGAGGCUAGUCUGCAAAGAUAUGAUUUGAUGGGUAGGCUGUGACUAUGAAGAAGUUUGAUAGUUGAUGUAUUCCACGAAUGUAAUUUCUAGUUGAUUAAAACAUUAUUUCUUUCUUAAGCCCCCAUCUAAAUUUGAUUCCUGAUUUAUUUCAAGUUCCCAUUCCAAUUUGCAACUAUCCAUUUUAUUAAAUUUGGCUUAAAACGAAUGUGCCGGCGGUGUAAAUCACUUCUUACAUACGUGUUUCCUCUUUGUCGGCCGGUAACAUGCAGUUUAAUCUUUUUAAACCUUACAUGCCGGUGGUGUCUGUGUGUCUUUCCAAAUGAUAUUUUCCUUUUUUGCAUGCCGGUGUACAGUCUACUGGAUUUUAACCGGACGUGACUGCGGUGAUUGUAGGUCCUUCUUAAUACUGUCUUCCUUUUUCCUUGCAUUUUGGUGUAAGAUUUGAGGUAGGAUUUCAGCUUUAUAUGACGGCGAUGUAGAUAGAUUCUUCUUGAGACCAUUUUUCCUUUUUGCAUGGCGGGGAGAAAUUUAAUAUCCAAUUUUAGUCUUACAUGAGGGCGGUGGUUGUAGGUUCUUCUAGAUAUUCUUCUUCUUUCUUGAAUUGUUUUUCUGCUUGUGUGUAGUCUUGACUUCAUGCGGAUUUUAAUUGUUCUAAUGUUGUUUUCUGAUUGUUUUUGAUGGAUACUGAUUUGAUGUGUUGCAGGUGCUGUCCUCUGUGGAUGGGAGAUAUGUGCGGUCGGCGGUCCGGGCUGCUCUUCAACUUGGUGGGCAAUGUCCUUGGAUUCCUGGUGUCCGGCGCGCGGUGGUACGGGCUGUCCCUCUACCUGAUGGAUGUCGUCCUCGGCCUGGCGGAUGAUGUCGACUGGUUCCUCUCGGCGUUCGGCGGGGUGCGGCGCGACUCCAGUCUUGACAUUCUCGGAGGGCGUCCAUAUCCAGUGCGGGAGUGGGCGUAUGGCGAACGGUUAUCUUCUGGUUUUUUAUCCGAGCGACAGUACGAGAGAUGGGGGUUCCUGUUUCUGGGGCGUCGUCGUCCGUAUGCUCUCCCGAUGUUUCGUCCUCCGGCUCUUGGGCUGCCGACGGAUCUUCCACUAGGAUGCAGCUCUCCUCCACCUGUGUCGAAGAUAAAUCAUCCAGUACAUUGGGAUGGAAAUCGGCGGAUGCGGUGGCGGAUGCGGAUGGCGGCGAACAAUCGGGUGAGAGGUCCUCGGUAUCCGACAGACUUGGAUUGACCUGGUCGUUUCCUGCCAUAGUUUGCGGAAAAAUA